UGGUACCAGGCCGCAGGUGCCGCCGCUGCACUUCCGGGUGCUGUUGAAGGUGAGCCAGGGUCUCCGAGAACCCGCUUACAAUAUCGUCACCCCGAAGUAAGGGAACUACUCCCCAGCUCACAGCCUAGCGUGCCCUGUACCGGGGUCAGGUGUCCAGGCGGACGCCGUGUAGCCACCGGAGGAGGCAGAGCCUUCCACACGACUGGAUCCCGGCGAGGCCCAACCGGCUCUAGACCCCACGCCUCUGCCGUGCUGCGCGGGGUAGGUCGCGCCUCUGGUCUCCUGGCGAUCCUGGCUGUUCGGAAGCGGAGUGUGACUCCUCUCCUUCCUCCCCUCGGUCCGCUUCUGGUGGUGCCAGCAAUCCGGCCCGCAGGGUUUCUCUGCGGCUGCGAGCCCUGGCCACCCCAGGGGUGUUGAAACUGGCAAGGAUCGAAGAAACAGGCUAUCAGAGAGCAGUCUACCACUUGGAAUAAGUUUCCCUUGUGGACUGUGUUUUUUAUCAUUAGGAUUUCCUGGAGUACAUGUGCAAAUUCCUAUGCUCCACCCCCAAAGAUCCUGAUUUUCUAGAUCUGGGGUACUGCCUGGAAAUCAGCAUUUUUAGUAGCCAUUCCAGGUUGGUGCCCAUAGUCUACAGAUUUCACUUUCAGAAACACUGGUGUAACUGGUGGAGAGGAACGUCGUAUUGGUUUGACUAUGGAACUGUUUAUCUUCAGGAAGGUUUCCAAGAGGAAGUGAUUCUAGCCGGGCUUUGUACUGAGGCACCGGAAUAGCCAAUGGUUCUUGGCCCCACAGUGAUGAAUUCCUUCCCCGGCCACCACCAGGAUGCAGAAGAUCUCAGUGCUGCUCUUCCUGGUCUGGGUCUGCUUCCUCUUCUACGCGGGCAUUGCCCUCUUCACCAGUGGCUUUCUGCUCACCCGUUUGGAGCUCACCAACCAUAGCAGCUGCCAAGAGCCCCCUGGCCCUGGGUCCGUGCCAUGGGGGAGCCGAGGGGAGCCCGGGGCCUGCUGGAUGGCUUCCCGAUUCUCCCGGGUUGUGUUGGUGCUGAUAGAUGCUCUGCGAUUUGACUUCGUCCAGCCACAGCGCUCAUAUGUUCCUGGGGAGCCUUCUGUCUCCCUGCCCUUCCUGGGCAAACUGGGCUCCUUGCGGAGGAUCCUCGAGACUCAGCCCCACCAUGCCAGGCUCUACCAAUCUAAGGCUGAUCCCCCCACCACGACCAUGCAGCGCCUUAAGGCCCUCACCACUGGCUCGCUACCUACCUUUAUCGACGCUGGCAGUAACUUUGCCAGCUACGCCAUCAUGGAAGACAAUCUCAUUAAGCAGUUCACCAGUGCAGGAAGGCGUGUGGUCUUCAUGGGAGAUGAUACCUGGAAAGAUCUUUUUCCCGGAGUUUUCUCCCAAGCUUUCUUCUUCCCAUCCUUCAAUGUCAGAGACCUACACACAGUGGACAAUGGCAUCCUGGAACACCUCUACCCAACUAUGGACAGUGGUGAAUGGGACGUGCUGAUUGCUCACUUCCUGGGUGUGGAUCACUGUGGCCACAAGCAUGGCCCUCACCACCCUGAAAUGGCCAAGAAACUUAGCCAAAUGGACCAGGUGAUCCAAGGGGUUGUGGAGCAUCUGGAGAAUGACACACUGCUCGUGGUGAUUGGGGACCAUGGGAUGACCAAGAAUGGAGACCAUGGAGGCGACAGUGAGCUGGAGAUCUCGACUGCACUUUUUCUGUACAGUCCCACAGCCCUCUUCCCCGGGGCCCCACCAGAGGAGCCAAAGGUAGUUCCUCAAAUCAGCCUUGUACCUACACUGGCCCUGCUGUUGGGCCUGCCCAUCCCAUUUGGGAACAUCGGGGAGGUAAUAGCUGAGCUGUUCUCAGAGGUUGAAGACACCCAGCCUCACUCCUCAGCUCUGGCCCAAGCCACAGCUCUCCACCUCAAUGCCCAGCAGGUGUCCCGAUUUCUUCACACCUACUCAGCUGCUGCUCAAGACCUCCAAGUUAAGGAGCUUCAUCGGCUGCAUGACCUCUUCUCCAAGGCCUCUGCUGAGUACCAGCGGCUUCUACAGAGCCCCCAGGGGGCCGAGGCAGCACUCCAGACUGUGAUUACUGAGCUGCAGCAGUUCCUGCGGGGAGUUCGGGCCAUGUGCAUUGAGUCUUGGGCUCGUUUCUCUCUGGUCCACAUGGCCGGGGGUGCUGCUCUCUUGGCUGCUGCCUGCUUUCUCUGCCUGUUGGUAUCCCAGUGGGCAACAGCCCCAGGCUUCUGCCUCCACCUUCUCCUCCUAGUACCCAUGAUCUGGGGUCUGGCUGGGGUCGUAGUGUGUGCCGGACUCCUGGCAUGUGCUGGGCUGAAGCUGGAUCCAGUGGUUCUAGGGGCCAUGGCUGCAGUGGGCUCACUCCUGCCUUUUCUGUGGAAAGCCUGGGCUGGUUGGGGGUCCAAGAGGCCCCUGGCAGCCCUGCUUCCCAUCCCUGGGCCUGUCCUAUUACUCCUGCUCAUUCGCUUUGCUGCUUUAUUCUCUGACAGCUUUGUUGUAGCAGAGGCCAGAGCCACCCGCUUUCUUUUGGGCUCACUCAUCUUGCUCCUGGUUGCCCAGCUUCACUGGGAGGGCAAGCUGCUGCCACCUAAGCUAUUCACAACACCCCGCCUUGGCUUUUCAGCCCCAACAAGCCCCCCACGGCACAAUGGCAUGCAUGCCCUAGGGCUAGGAGUUGGGUUGCUUUUAUGUGUAAGGCUAGCUGGGCUUUUUCAUCGCUGCCCUGAAGAGACACCUGCUUGCCACUCCUCUCCCUGGCUGAGUCCCUUGGCAUCCAUUGUGAGUGGUCGAGCCAAAAAUUUGUGGUAUGGAGCUUGUGUGGGGGCGCUGGUGGCCCUGUUAGCUGCUGUGCGCCUAUGGCUUUGCCGCUAUGCUAAUCUCAAGAGCCCUGAGCCUUCUGUGCUCUUUGUGCGCUGGGGGCUGCCCCUAAUGGUCCUAGGCACUGCUGCCUACUGGGCAUUGGCAUCAGGGGCAGAUGAAGCACCCCCACGUCUCCGGGCCCUGGUUGCUGGUGCAUCAGUUGUGCUGCCUAGGGCAGUGGCAGGGUUGGCUGCUUCAGGGCUCAUGCUUUUGCUUUGGAGGCCGGUCACAGUGCUGGCGAAGCCUACAAUAGGUGCUCCAAGGACCAGGACUGUCCUCACUCCUUUCUCAGGCCCCCCUACUUCUCAGGCUGACCUGGAUUAUGUGGUUCCUCAAAUCUACCGACAUAUGCAGGAGGAGUUCCGGGGCCGGCUGGAGAGAAGCAAAUCUCAGGGCCCCCUAACUGUGGCUGCCUAUCAGUUGGGGAGCGUCUACUCAGCUGCUGUGGUCACGGCCCUCACCCUUUUGGUCUUCCCACUUCUGCUGUUGCACGUAGAGCGCAUAAGCCUUGUGUUCCUGCUUCUGUUUCUGCAGAGCUUCCUUCUACUGCAUCUGCUUGCUGCUGGGAUACACAUCACCACCCCUGGUCCUUUUACUGUGCCAUGGCAGUCAGUCUCUGCUUGGGCCCUCAUGGCCACACAGACCUUCUACUCCACGGGCCACCAGCCUGUCUUUCCAGCCAUCCAUUGGCACGCAGCCUUCGUGGGAUUCCCAGAGGGUCAUGGCUCCUCCACCUGGCUGCCUGCUUUGCUGGUGGGAGCCAACACCUUUGCCUCCCACCUCCUUUUUGCAGUAGGCUGCCCGUUGCUCCUGCUCUGGCCCUUCCUGUGUGAGAGUCAAGGGUCCCGGAAGAGGCGGCAGCCCCCAGGGAAUGAAUCUGAGGCCAGAGUCAGGCCUGAAGAGGAGGAGGAGCCACUGAUGGAGAUGCGGCUCCGGGAUGCCCCUCACCACUUCAACGUGGCGCUGCUGCAGCUGGGCCUCAAGUACCUCUUUGUCCUUGGUGUUCAGAUUCUGGCCUGUGCCUUGGCAGCCUCUGUCCUCCGCAGGCAUCUCAUGGUCUGGAAGGUGUUUGCCCCCAAGUUCAUUUUUGAGGCCAUGGGCUUCAUUGUGAGCAGCGUGGGACUUUUCCUGGGCCUAGCUUUGGUGAUGCGAGUGGAUGGUGCAGUAAGCUCCUGGUUCCGGCAGCUAGUUCUGGCCCAGCAGAGGUAGCCUAGGCUUGGAUGCUGGCUCCUGGCCAUGCGGAGAGCUGGAGAACAAUCUAGUCUGGCCUAUAUGGGUGCUGGAUCAUCUGCAAGAGAGACUCAGCCACAUCUCAUACCACCAAGCAGCAGGAGCUGCUAGCAUCUGGGACUUCAUUAUUUUAUAAUUAAAAAUCAUAGUGUGGCCUGAUCCCUAACUCUUGCUUUGGAUGCGUCUGAGGGACUGGGGGGUAGUCUCCAAAGUGGAAUAAAAUAAUAAAUAUGUGUGUCUGAGAUGUGGGGAGCCCCCACUGUCCUACAGGGACUAAUGGAGGGUCAGACUCCCUUCCUCCUGGGCACAGAUGGGAUCAGCCAUCUUCUGCAGACCUGGCUGCACCUGUAAACCUUUGGGAAGUGGUUGGAGUUGUGUGAAUUCACUUCUGCCAGCUCUUCAAAUCAUUGCUGCCAUUUUCCCACCUGCCAUUUUCCUUUGCCACGCAGCAUAUUAAAUUCUUAUGCUUUAACUGUUGACAGAGACAGCUGAAAAGACAAACCCAAGCAUCUUGGAGCACAGGCUUUCACUGUCUAAAGCCCCAAGAGGACUGUGUCUCCUCCUCUACUGUGUCCUUUCACUCCAGAACACCCUUUGCCCUUCACGUCUAUGGAGGCCUCCCUAGUUUUUCAGUCUAUGUUGCCUUUUAUCAGGCCUACUUGCCCAGCUUAAAGCAUCCACCUUAUCCCAUUGAUUAUUCCUAACUUGAAGCCAAAACUGAAUCCAAUGAUCCUUCUGCAUAUCUCAUGUGCCCUCUCUUCACUACUCCUGUGUCAUGUGGAAGUGCUAGCAUGAAAUCCCUGUGGAAAUGUCUAUUCAAGGAGUGGGGAAGAGGCUCUGAGGAGAAGGGUCAGGACUGGAGCUUGACGUUUGAGAGUACCCAGAACGAGGAGAUGAGACUACUGAACGAACAGACGUUAAAAUUGUGGGACAGUACCUACCUUUAUUUGGCAGGAGGAAGAAGAGAAGCUGAGUAGCAGUGAUUGUGAAGUAAAGGCAUUCACUGCAGUGGUAGCUAAAAGAAGAGUUCUAAUUAUUAUUGUUUUAUUAGUUUCAGGUGUACAAAACAAUGCACUAGUUAGAAAUUUAUACCCCUCACAAUCUGCUACGCCUCUGGAGUUCUAAUUAUUAAUGGCUAACAGUCCCUAGUGCUACAAAGGUCAAAUAGAAAGAUGAUGAAAGUGUGUACUGUUUCAGGCAAUUAGAAGAUAGGACAGUGGUGACUCUGGCAGGAAUAGGUUUAAUAAUGCAAGGGGGAAGUUAGGCCCUGGCUUGCCUGUAAAAUAAAUUCGAAAAAAGCUCCUUCCCCUUUCUCAAUCUGGUGGACACAACUCCCAAGCAUCAUUUAGUGAACAGACAGUGCCUUUGUGAGAAGAAGUAAAGAUCCUUUCUCCAUGUGUUGCAACCAUUGGAAGGACUGCAGACUCCAGUCCUUCAUCCUGUCCUCAGGAUCCCCCCUCCCCUGCUUUUUCUUUGCAGGAGCCCCCUUCCCUGGAGUUUAAGGAUAAUCUACUGAUCUGCCAACCACUGUUUCCUUUUCUACUGAUCUAUCUACAAUAUUCUUUUAGAGAAAGAUAUGUUAGCACAUUGAUUUACACUAAAAAUUCUUAUCCCUGCCUUUUGAUAUCAAAGAGCCCAUUCCAUACUAAUUUACGGUUUCUUUU